AUGACGGGAAAUUCAACUUUAUCAUAUUUCAUUCUUGGAGCUUAUAUGUACACAGGACCUUUGAGAUACUUGUAUUUCAUGUUAACUGUGAUGUUGUACAUUGUUAUUGUUAUUUCCAACUCAUCACUCAUUGUGGUUAUCUGCAUGAACAGAAGCUUACAUGAACCUAUGUACCUUUUCCUGUGCAGCCUGUUUGUAAAUGAACUGUAUGGUAGUACAGGGUUGUUUCCAUUCCUUCUGCUUCAGGUCCUCUCUGACAUUCACACUGUUUCUAAACCUCUGUGCUUCCUGCAGAUCUUCUGUUUGUACACUUAUGCAAAUGUAGAGUUUUGUAACUUAGCCAUCAUGUCUUAUGACAGGUAUCUUGCUAUCUGUUUUCCUCUGCAAUAUAACACACGGAUGACGUCUAACAAGGCAGUUAUCUUUAUUAUUUUAAUAUGGUUUUAUUCAUUUGGGAAAUUUCUCAUUACUUUAUCUUUAAACAUCCGUUUGACAUUGUGUGGAAACAUCAUAAACAGUGUGGUCUGCAGAAACUACCUCAUAGUAAAGUUGGCCUGUUCUGACACAGAAGUGAAUAACAUUUAUGGACUUUUUGCCAUUUUUGUGUCGAUCACAGUCCCUCUGUUUCCAAUCCUUUUCUCUUACACCAAAAUCCUUAAAGUGUGUUUUUCUGGAUCCAAACAGACCCGACAGAAAGCCGUCAGUACCUGCACACCUCACCUCGUGUCUCUGCUGAACUUUUCUUUUGGCUGCUGCUUUGAAAUCCUUCAGAGUAGAUUUGAUAUGAAGCGUGUCCCCAACGUGCUGCGCAUCGUCCUCUCGCUGUACUUUGUGAUACUGCAACCUCUUCUGAAUCCUGUCAUGUUUGGAUUCCAAAUGUCUAAAAUACGAAACACAUGUAAACAUAUCUUCUUUUGUAAAAUGUUGUCUGGUCACAAAGAUCCUAUGCAGAUGUAA